GUUGUUUGUUGGUUCCACAGCCUCUCGCACAUCCCUCCACAGCAUUCAGGCAGCGCCAUGCCUCAUUGAACAGCGGUGUCGAAGUCACGUUGUUUCUAGAUGUGUGCUUGAUUGCACCCGUUGCCCACCACACAUCCAGUCACCAUCAAGUUGUUCAAUCUGCACCCCUAGCAGGCUUUCACAGCCGUUGUUCAUGAACGCGAUCGACGCUCGUAUGCAGCCACACGAUGGCCAGCGGCGUCAGCACCGCCACUACGAGGCUGCGCCUGCCAAUGGCUACCCUGUGUCUGGCACCGGAACCUUUCUGAUGCCAGACGCGCAAGGCGCAUUUGCCCUUUCGGCAGAGCCCACAGCCAUGUCCUACGAGAAUCCGAUGAUGGUCCUUCCACCCUCCAGUUCCCCGGGUCAAGACUCUGUCUUUGCCCCCAACGUUGGAUCCUCUUUUGACUCCACCCUCCACCCCGACAUGGUUAGUCGCUCAUACCCUCCGCUCAAUUCGUACAGUCAAGGCCAGAGCCUCUCACCAGGGGUCUACAAUAAUAUUGGUCAAGCUAUCUCGCCGUCGCACUCAGCAGAGCACCUCAGCCCAGAGCCUGGGUACGCGAGCGACUUUACUCAGCACGAUCUCAGUAACUACACCACACCGAGCUUCAAUGGCCAAUACCUCGACGAAUCCUUCUCGAAUUUGAACUUCACCGAGGAUCCCACGACCACAGCAUUCCCCCCUUACCAAGCAGAUGUAGACAUGUCCAUGUUAACGUCCGGCACCUUGAGUACAUAUAAUGCUCAGCACCACAUGUCGACGGCCAACGGAACUUUCGCCCAUCAAAGCCAACUGAUGUCCCCAAGCAUAACAAAUAACUCUAGUCCUGCAAUGGGCAACGACAACUCGGCAUUCACAACCAUGCAAUAUGCUGGAGAAGACCAGAGUUCCUUCACGUCUCCCAAACCAGCAACGCAUAUGCCACACACCAUACCAAGGAAGCCGUUGCAGAGUCCGCCUCUGACGAACACUCCAGGGCAUUUGUCUUUGGCAAGCCCUCGUCCGCUUACUCGUCAUAUGACAAGUCCGAUUGUACGAGUAGAGAACUACAGUAGUAGAGAGGAUUCGCCAUCACACUCCGAUAACAGCCGGGGCAUGAGCAGACGAAGUCUCAGUAGUCGGCGAUCUGGCAAUCACCUCUCUCCAUAUCCAAAAGGCGAAUCUUCUGACGAGGAAGACCUGCAAGAACAAGGAAGCACCCACACCAGAUAUCGAGAAACACAACGCAACGCAGAUGGUUCAUGGCUGGGCACGGGUGCUCAAGGCCAAACCGGAUUGAGUCCUGAGGAUCGUCGAGCAAUGGGCAAUGUCCUCGUACCGAGCCUCGAUGAAAUCGCAGAGCGUAGAGCAAGAAUGGAGAAGAAGCUCGAAGUGCAGGACUGGCUUACGAAGAGCGAAGUUGGGAGUGAGGCAGGGGACAUUGGCUCAUCGAGCAACUAUCUCAAGCCCCACACCGGACGACGUCGUGCCAAAAGCCAGAAUGAUGCUAACCGUCAGGCUUUGCAGGGAAGUUUCAGUCCCAAUAUCGGUGCUGACCUUGGUAAAUUCAACCCCAGGUUCAUAAACGAGGAUAGCGACUAUGACGAUGACGAUGAAGAUGACGAAGAUUAUCAAUCAAAUUCGCCGCCAGCCUCUGUGAACAUACACGCAGACCAGGUAGACGAGUCAUACUUUCCUGCUACGCGAGAACCUAGUCCGACCCCAGACGCGAUUGUGCAACCGUGGAUGGACGUGCCCAUCCAGCCGUCGACAGCAGCGAGCCACUACCAGCCUCCAACCUCGAACGCUGCAAUGAUGCGCUUUCGACAACGAGCAAAGGAUGUUGAGUCUGCAUCGCUUGCAGCGACCGUUGGGUCGCGCCGUCUAAGCGAGCCCGAUCUUGCCAGCAUUCGUGGAGCGCCAGGUAUCGCACGACUUAUAGAGCCUGAGCGAAAGAGCGACGAGAGACAACGCCGACCAAGCUUUCUGCGUAAUAUUCGACGGACUCCAAGUAAUCUGCUCAAGCGAAAGGGUAGUAUGCCUGUGCAGCAGACUAUGGACAUAGAUUCGGAUCAGUCCAAGGAGCCCAUGUUCGAGAAGCCGAAGCGCAUUGGUAGCUGGGGUCGACCCAAAUCGCCAAGGCUGAAUACCAACCUAAGCGACAAGAGUAAAGAAGGUACCCCGUCAAGCUCACUGGGGACCUCAGGACCGUGGUACCAGGGUGCGAGAAAUGUCAUAAGACGGAAUCGUAGUCGGAGUGAUAUCGGCAGAAGCAGAGGCGAUUCUGGCAAGUCUUUUGGUCUUGCCGAGCUCAUGACACAGCACGGGGGACCACCAAUGCCCAUGCUUGCCUCGCCGCUCGCAGAUACGGAAGCAACAAAACAGUCUGUGCAGCCGAGCCCCACCGCUGAUGCGGACGAUGACGAUGACGAACGAGAAGCAAUCACAAUGGACCUUAAAGUGCGUACUGAUCCCAUCAUCCCAAACCAAGAGGGGUUCCGAACGCAUGCUCGCCAAUUGAACCCUCGCCUAGCGGACUUCAUGGUGGAGCGCAUUGCUCAAGAGCAAAUUAGAAGAUACAAACGACUUCUUGAAUUCCGAGUGAAGCAUAUCAAUGUUGUGCAGAACAAAACUUGCCCGUCGGUGAAGUUCUGCACCGAGCUGGGAGGGGAAGCCCGACAGCUCCCACCCAAAGCUGGCAAUAAGGAUCCCGAUGUGCCUUUCAUAGGUUUCCAGAUAUCAGCCCCAGGCGAGGAGGAAGACGACGAAGAACUUCCGUCAGAAGGUACGGUUGUGGCUGCUCAAUUUCCCUCGGGCGUUCCCCUGCCGCCUGUCAAACGCCUGCCAGCAGAGUUUGAGUGCCCUCUGUGCUUCAAGGUGAAGAAGUUCUACAAGCCAUCUGAUUGGACUAAGCAUGUACACGAAGAUGUCCAGCCUUUCACGUGUACCUUCCCGAACUGUCAAGAACCGAAGUCUUUCAAGCGUAAAGCUGACUGGGUUCGCCACGAGAAUGAGCGCCAUCGACAGCUCGAGAACUGGACGUGCAACAUUACCGAUUGUAACCACACAUGCUUUCGCAAGGAUAAUUUCGUGCAACAUCUUGUCCGAGAGCACAAGAUCGCUGAACCGAAGCAGCGGACCGGGCGGGCAUCCAACAAGGAUCCGCCCACGAGUAGCGACCCAGACGAUAUCUGGGCUAUUGUAGAGAGAUGCCGCCAAGAUACAACGAAGCAGCCCAAGGACGAGGCAUGUCGCUUCUGUGGCAACAUUUGCAACAGCUGGAAGAAGCUCACUGUUCACUUGGCGAAACACAUGGAGCAGAUCAGCAUGCCCAUACUUCCGUUAGUUGAACAGAAAAUGCUCAAUGCCGAUACUAUCAUAAGCCCUGUACAGGAGUUCCCGGACCAACGCAAGCUAUCGGCACAAUUCACUAGGAAGCCAGUCGGCGGCAGCCCAUCGCACCAUACUGCUGGCACGACUUUCGCGCCAGGCAUCAACCCGUUUAGUCCAGUCCCGCAAAAUAAUACACCUGAGGCAGCGACCAGUGUAAUGCACUCAUACCCGCCGCCUCAGCUAGUCCCGCCACAGCAGGGUGCGUAUCCAGUUUAUGCUGGCAAUAGCUUACCAUACUCCAAUCAGACCUAUCCGGGUCUGCAAAAUCCGCCGAAAUCCCCUCUGGUGUUUACCAAUGGCUUCGACAUGCAAAAUCCCUCCUACCUCAGCUUAGGUCCUAUGUCUACGGUUCAACAACAGGACCAAGCAAUGUUCACAAAUUCUCCUACAGAGACGACGGCGUUCCCCAAUUACUUCACUCCGGACCAGCAGAACAUGACGGGAAGCUUUGACCCAACGAUGCAAAUGCAGUAUCAGCAACAAAGUCCCACAGGAACAUAUCAGGCUAUGCAGUAUUUGACGAAUCAGCACCAGCACUCGUAUCAAUAUCAAGGCCAGUAACGCCUCAAGGAAGAUGUAUGAGCUAGAGAAAGGAUGGAUAUGUUGCAAUAUCAGCGCUUCUCACGCAUAACGACCUUUGUUUUAUUUUUUCCUAUCUCAG